GCCAAGACUUGCUCUCUUCACGCUCAUGUUUUUCCUGUUUCAUCAGAAAAGCAUCGAUGGAGAAGAAGUGGAGAUGAAAGUCAGUCCAGGAGACAACAUCACUCUCUACUGUGAUCGCUCUGUAACUCUUGGCUCCAGCAUUGUAUGGAUAAGAAACUGCUCUCAUGAAAAUCAACCAUCUCUCAUAAUAGAUUUUAGGAAACUGGACGUGGAGAUAUUUCAGCGAUUCAGUUUUAUCCACAACCCCUAUAAUAAUUCUCAUGAUCUACAUAUCACUAACAUCAGUGUCUCUGAUCUGGGACUGUACUACUGUGCAAAACUAGAGAUGAAGGUAGGUAAAGAUGGGAAAGGCUUCAUCACCUCAUCAGAAGUGUACUCUUAUGGAAACCGGACAACUCGUCUCUCUCUGAAAGUAUCUUCCUGUUCUGGAGCCCUGAACACCACCUCCACACCACCUCCUGUAUCAGACUGUGUGCUCUGCUGGACGCUGCUGUUUAGUGUGUGUCCAGUGUGUUGUCUCUUCUCCUCCAUCUGUGUAUUCUGCCUCUGUUGUAGGAAAGCUACAGAUUCUGCAACGGAUCAAAAACAGAAGCUGAAAGGUAGAAAUAUUAUUGAGGAGAAUGAUGAUAGCGAGGUGUGUUAUGCAUCUGUAGACUUGAUGACCAGGACACAAAUCCAACACAAGAAAACGCGAGAAAACGCAGACUUCACUACUUACGCUCCUAUCAGAACAGCAACUGAAUAGAUCAGAAAGCUGGAGGAGACAUUAUCACUGAAAUAUGAUGUUAAGGGCAUGCUUAUUGGUUAAAAUGUGUGUCUGUGAUUAAAUCAUAGAUGAAAAAUAUGAAGCAAGAAUUCUUCUUCUUCUUCUUUAUAAAUAUUGACAAAUAAAACAUUGUCCUUCAGUAAAAGUGUUUUAGUAUGUUUCCAUACAGUCUUUGUGGACACACAGUGAUAAAUAACAGGAUGUGGAAGUGGGUUUCCUGUGUUAUGUAGCUUUUAUUUUAAAGGGGUCAUGAACUGCCUUUGUUUUUUUUUUUUUUGUACUGUUCUCUGAGGUCCAAUUAUUAUGUUUUCAAGAUUUUCAUAUCAAAAAACAUCAUAAUUUAGAAGUAAUAAGCCAUUUUUAACCGCCUCCUCAGAAAGGCGUGGUGGAUUGUAGACUCGGAAGUAAACGCCCACUGCUAUGAUUGGCUAAUAGUUGUGUAUUUAGAUCAAAAACACAUGAAAACUCAAUACAUAACAAACAUCUCUAAGAAGAGAGUAUAGUGACCACAUAAUGAAAACAGUUACUCACACUUGUGUUGCGACAUUACUGUCGGAUCCAAUAUAGUCGGCACAGCAUCGAGCAUCCGCGGUAAAAUGAAGUGAACAAAGUACCAAGUUCUUACUGACGCCGUCUGGAUCUUCAUUAAAAAUAAAGUUAAUCUAAUCUUUUCUAAUUUUGGAAUCAGAAGGAAUGCAACACAAACACUUUUUCCACAACUUGGCACUGCAGAGCAUAUUGUUGUCUUUAGAGCCAUCUUUAUCAUUCAGUUUCUGCGUGGACCUGUAUGUUCGCCUCUCUCAUUAUUUACACUACAUGUGCAAAUUGGAGGGCGGGGCUAAACAGGCAGUGAUGUCGAAGCAUGCUUUGAUAUUCUUCUGUGGAGGCGGGG